CGGAGCCAAGUCUGGGAAGGGGCGUGGCUCCUGAAGCCGAGUUGCAGCCACGUCCCACGGUACCCCCGGUGAGGCCAUCCGGGCUUGGAGGUCUUCAGGGUUCCAGACAUGUCCGAGGUGAAGAACCGGAAGAAGCCGGCACCCAAGGGGGCUGCCGGCGAGCCCGAGAAGCGGAGUGAUGGCAGAAAGAACCCCGAGGCGAGGGGAGGCGCGGGCUGGGCGGACCCCCGCACCGGGCUCAGCCUGCUGUCGCUGGCGACGUGCUUGGGCCUGGCCUGGCUUGUAUUUCAACAAUCAGAAAAGUUUUCGAAGCUGGAAAACCAAUACCAGUUGCUGCAAAUAGAAAGCAACGAGUUUCAAGGACUACAGACUAAAAUCAGUCUGAUUUCAGACAAGCUGGAGUCUACUGAAAGUAUCCUGCAGGAAGCUGCAUCAUCCAUGGCUUUGAUGACCCAGUUUGAACAGGAACUCUCUGGCCUCCAAAGAUCCAUACAUGACAUUGAGAAUAGUGAAGAGAUGCUCACUCAAAAGAUGCAAAGCCUUAAUGAGAAAUUCCAGACCAUUACAGAUUUCUGGAAGAGAACCCUGGCAGAAAUGAGUAAUAAUACAGCCAUUUUCAAAUCAGAAGCAAAGCAUAUACAUUCUCAAGUUACCAUGAAAAUUAACUCAGCUGAGCAAGAAAUGAAACUGCUCACUGAACGGCUAAAAGAUUUGGAAGACAGCACAUUACGAAACAUCAGAACAGUAAACAGGCAAGAAGAGGAGGAUCUUCUCCGAGUAGAGGCACAGCUCAGCUCCGAUACAAAAGCCGUUGAGAAGCUCGAAGAAGAACAGCAUUCACUCCUAGCCAGAGAUGAGGAUCUGACCAGUAAACUUGCCAGCUAUGAACCCAAAGUUGAAGAGUGCAAGGCACAUUUGCCAGCUAUAGAAAAUGCGAUCCACUCUGUCCUCAGAGUCUCUCAGGACCUGAUGGGGACAGAAAAGAAAAUGGAAGACCUUACUGUGCAGAUGUUCAACAUGGAGGAUGAUAUGCUAAGGGUGGUGUCUGAAAUAAUGGAGAUGCAGAAGACCCUUGAGGGAAUUCAGUAUGACAACAGCAUACUAAAGAUGCAGAACGAACUGGUGGUUCUCAAAGGAAAAGUUCACGAUUUCAUAGCAUAUUCAAAUUCAGGAGAAAAGGGGACUUUGGGAAAAUAUAACCUAGAAAAUAAGGGAGCCGAUGAUUAUUAAGCUUACUGUAUCUUUUGAUGGGCUGCAUUGUUAAAUGGAGAUCAGUUCGUUCUAUAUUAAAGAAAUGGCCCUGCCUCACUUUACCAGAGAAUAAGUGGAGUAUGGGCCACAUAAUCACACUGUUAUCUCUUUAAGCUGUAAAACUUACUUUAACCAUUUUAAAUAGAAAUAAUUCUGCUGGGAGGUGGGGCAUGCCUUUAAUCCCAGCACAGAGGCAGCAGCAGGUGGAUCUCUGAGUUCAAGGCCAGCCUGGUCUUCACAGGGAGUUCCAGGACAGCUAGGGCUACACAGAGAAACCUUAUCUCAAAAAGAAAGAAAAAGAAAAGAAAAUAGUUCUAAAAUAUAUAUUGCUGUACUUUUUUAGGCAACAUAUAAUAUUUACAUGUCUUCCCAAUAAUUAAUAGACAUUAUUAUGAAUUGUAUUUAUUAUGCUAGAGAUAUGUGUGUGUAUAGAGACAUAGAUAUCUACAUAUUGAUAUCCAUAGCAAAUACUGAGACCAUUUGCCAUUUCUCCAUGUGACCCUAGUGUUCUGCUUUUUAAAGCUGUGUCUGUUUCUCAUGCCUUUUCUGUCCCCCGUUCUUGCAGUUGGUUGAUAGCAGGCCUGCCUCUGCCAGCUUUUUUAUAUUCAGACAGCCAGGUUCAUGGGAAUUUUAUGUCAAAUGAAAGGUAAUAUGCCUGCAGGAGAGCCUGGGGACUCUUCUGUGAGGCGACGCCACCUUCUGAAAACUAUGGCACCUGGGAAGUAGUUUCCUUUUUGCAAAGGUUCUGAACUGUGUUACAGCUACUCAUAAGAAGUUUAAGGUGUGAGUAAAUAUGCUCUUACUCUGUCCUCAUUAACAUUUUUCGUCAGCCGGUUAUGCUUUGAGGUAUGAGCUCUCGAAGUCCUUUUUUGUACCUGUACUGUAAUUUCUAAAGUUUGAACUGUGUGACACUAGAGUUUCCUAACUAUAACUAGCAGGUUCUUAAAGUGAAAGCCUGCCAGUAAACAACACAGCAAUACACUGUGGUCACUGUGAUGUAUUUAUGACAUUAUGUUAAAGAUUCCCCAACUUAUGAAACUAAGUUUGUUUUACAUAUUGACUUUAUUUUUAAAACAUUAAUGCUGGAGCUAGGCAUGGUGGCAUGAACCUUUCAUACCAGCACUCAGGCCAGGCGGUGGUGGCACAUGCCUUUAAUCCCAGCACUCGGAGGGCAGAGGCAAUGCAAGCAGAUCUAUGUGUUUAAGGCCACCCUGUUCUACAUAGUGAGACUAUAUCUCAAAACAGUAAAAUAAAUAAUAAUAAUAAUAAUAAUAAUAAUAAUAAUAAUAAGCAGUAACAAGGCUAGGAGAUAGCUUUGUAAGUGAAGUUAAGUUCUUGCUGUGAAGGCUGAAGACCUGACUUUACCCAGCACUGACAUGAGAAACUGGGUCUAGCAGUGCCUGCUGUAAUACCAGCACUGGAAGACAGAGACAGAAUGCAAAUAGUACAUGAGAAAACUAUCGAAAUAUCUGUGUCUAUGUGUCUAUGUCUUCCUUUGCUAAGAAAUUUGCCAAGCUGGGCGGUGGUGGCACACACCUUUAAUCCCAGCACUCAGGAAGCCGAGGCAGGUGGAUCUCUGUGAGUUAAGGGCCAGCUGGGUCUACAGAGCAAGUUCCAGGACAACCAAAACUAUACAAAGAAACCGGCUAGAAAAAUAAAAAAAAAAGAAAAGAAAAGAAAAAAAGAAAUUUGCCUUCGGACUGAAGAGAUACCCGGUGGUUGAGAGCACUGGUUGUUCUUGCAGAGACCUGACUUUGAUUCCCAGCACCCACAUGAUGGCUCACAACCAUCUAUAAAUUCAGAUUCUAGCUGGCACACUCUUUUGACUUUUGCAGACAGGAGGCAUGGCAUGUAUGUGGUGCACACACACACAUAUGCAAAACAUUCAUAUGCAUAAAAUAAAAUACAUGUUUUUAAUUUUGUAUUUUCAGAAUUGUCAUUGAAGAGACCUAGAUGCACUUAAUGAAUCUUCCUUUGUUCUUUUGUGUGUAUUUUGGAGCUUUUUAUUUUAUUUUUGAGAUAGGGUCUCAGUGUGUAGCCCAGGUUACUCUUAACUCACCAUCUUCCUUCUUUCGCAUCUCAAGUAAUAGGAUCACAGGUAUAUGUAAUAGCUCGGGCUUCAUUUUGUUGUGGUUUAUGAAAAUUACCAAUAUUGUAAUAUACAUUUUUGUAUCUCUAUAAUUGAUAAUAAAUAUUAUACCAAUUAGC